UCUUCUCACUGAGUUGAGUGUGAUUGAGCGCGAGAACACGCAGUAACAACACAACUUUCAAACAACCGCACAAAAGAGAUUUAACAAAACAAAAAUUUGCUGCUCCAGCAACAAACCAACUAAACAAAAAUCCAAAAGUGAAACAAAUUUUCAGUUCAGAAGACAGUUCGUUUUCAAACGGCUAACAGUGCAGACACGUUCAAGUGAAUACCUUGCUCCUUUUGGCAACCCGUGGUGAAUCCCAGUGAAUUAAAACUCGCCGCUAAAUUAAAAUAAAAAAAUGGCUUCAGUCAAGGAAAAUCUCAUGAACCAGGUUGCCGAGGUCUUGCCCUCGUCUGGCAACAAGAUUACCAUUGUCGGUAUCGGUCAGGUCGGUAUGGCCUGCGCUUUCAGUAUUUUGGCCCAAAAUGUCUCCAGUGAAAUAUGCCUCAUGGAUGUCUGCAAAGAAAAGUUGAUGGGUGAAUUGAUGGAUUUGCAACAUGGCUCCAAUUUCUUGAAAAAUCCCAAAAUUACCGCCAGUACAGAUUAUGCCGCUUCGGCCAACUCCAGAUUGUGCAUUGUAACCGCCGGUGUCAGACAAAAGGAGGGUGAAUCCCGUCUGUCGUUGGUGCAACGUAACACCGACAUUCUCAAGCACAUCAUUCCUAAAUUGGUUGAAAACAGUCCCGAUACCAUUUUGUUGAUGGUCUCCAAUCCCGUCGAUAUUAUGACCUAUGUUGCCUGGAAAUUGUCUGGCUUGCCGAAGAACCGUGUCAUUGGCAGUGGUACCAAUUUGGAUUCAUCCCGUUUCCGCUUCUUGAUGUCUCAACGUUUGGGUGUUGCCCCCACCUCUUGCCAUGGUUGGAUUAUUGGUGAACACGGUGACAGCUCUGUGCCAGUGUGGUCCGGCGUCAAUAUUGCCGGUGUCCGUUUGCGUGAAUUGAACCCCAACAUUGGCUCCUCUGAAGAUCCCGAGAAAUGGAAUGAGGUGCACAAGCAAGUCGUAGACUCUGCCUAUGAAGUUAUCAAGCUAAAGGGUUACACCUCAUGGGCCAUUGGUUUGAGUACCGCUUCCCUGGCCUCGGCCAUCUUGAGAAAUACCAGUGCCAUUGUUGCCGUUUCUACCUCUGUUAAGGGUGAACAUGGCAUUGAUAAGGAUGUCUUCUUGUCCCUCCCUUGCGCUUUGAAUGCCAAUGGCGUUACCCAUGUUGUCAAGCAAAUUUUGACCCAAACCGAAAUCGAUCAAUUGCAGAAGUCGGCCAACAUCAUGGCUGAGGUUCAAGCUGGUCUUAAAUUUUAAAUCUGCAAAUGAUCUGGUAGGACACAAAUUUUAGCUUUUAUCAAAGAUAGAGAACUUGGUUAGGGCUUUCCCCGACCACUCAACAAUCUACCUUAGUAACUAUAGGAUAAUUCUACAAGUAUUUGUUAUUUAUUGUAACAUUUUAUGUUUUAUUGCUGCGCCUCUAUGUUUCGUUAGUUAUACAUUUAUGUUCUUUUUUAAGUUCAUUAACAAUAAAACCAUAAAAAUUAUAGUUUAAAACAA